AUGGUUGCAGGGGUUGCAGGGGUCGCAGCUGUGGUGAUCCCUGUGACCAUGGUAGCUAAGCCACUGAACACAGUCCUUUUACCUCUGGCUCAGGAGCUAUAUGACUAUGAGUAUGAUGAGCCAGAGGAGUUAGAAAAGGAGAGUGUGAAGAGGACAGGCAUACACCCAGUAUUUUCUCCAAAAUCUACCAUGUACUCGCCUCCUGGAUCUUGUACACAAAGUGCUGCAGGCUUGAAACUCAUCAUGGGAUCGAAGAAUAACUGCAACUCGGAAGAUGGAAUAAAAAGAAAUUUAGUGUAUAAAGUGCAACAGCACAAACGGCUGAGCACAAGACUGUUGGCAACUCUUCUCCGCACUUAUUCUGAAAAUAUUGUGAAAGAAAAGAACGAUGGACACUCUCAAUUACAUUUAUCAGGAUUUCUUCCAUUAGGAAUUGGAAUGGAUUCUAUGAAGGAAGUCAUUCAACAACUGGAGCAGAGUAAUAAAAGCUAUGUGACUAGGUUCAUACUUUCUGGAAUCACUUCAAACCCAAAACUUCAGUUACCCCUAUUUCUGCUAUGUUUGUUAGUGUAUACUAUAACAUUGAUGGGUAAUAUCACUAUAAUUACAUUAAUUAGAAUUACACCUCAUCUGCACACACCAAUGUAUUUUUUUCUCAUUAAUUUAUCCCUUGUAGAUAUAUUCUAUUCAACAACAGUUACACCCAACAGUUUGGCUAAUAUAAUUUCUGCCGAUAAAACAAUAUCCAUCAUUGGUUGCGCAGUACAGAUGUUUUUCUUCAUUGGUCUGGCUACGUCGGAAGCAAUGCUACUCGCGGUCAUGGCUUAUGACAGAUAUGCAGCAAUAUGCCAUCCAUUGAAUUAUCCAAUACUUAUUAACAAUAAAAGAUGUCUUCAGUUUGUUUGCACAGUAUACAGUGCAGGAUUUAUAAAUUCACUGAUGCAUACUUACUGCACAUUUAGGAUACCGUUGUUUUGUUCAAGUCAUGUCAAUCACUUUUAUUGCGAUAUUGUACCCAUCUUAAAAUUAUCUUGUCAGGACACAUUUUUUAAUGACAUUUUUUUGUUUACUUCAGCUGGUUCUAUUGAAGUUGGAUCUCUGUUAUGUAUUCUGAUAUCAUACACUUGUAUUCUAUUGGCCUUGUUUAAGAUCCACUCUACUACUGGUAGACAUAAGACGUUUUCCACAUGUGCCUCUCAUCUAACUUGUGUUUCUUUAUUCUACUGUCCUGCUCUUUUUGCAUAUUUGCGUUCACCAACUUCUUUUUCUGUGAAUGGGGAUUGGGUAGUGUCUGUGUUCUAUGCAGUGGUAGUUCCAAUGCUAAACCCUAUCAUUUAUAGUUUGAGGAAUAAAGAUGUAAAGGGGGCACUGAAGAAAGCCAUGCAGAGAGAGCCAGGCUAUUAUUUAUCAAACGGCGGCUUCAUCUAUCUGGCAAAAAUAGCCAAAUCAGAGAAACUCUCCACCGAUGUCAACCAAAGACUGGUAAAGAAGGCAUUGGUAAUACAGAGGUUUAACUUCUGCAGUAGCAAAACAGCAAGGGAGGAUGACUGGGGUUUGAAACGGUUUGACGCAGAACAGGGGGACAGUGCGAAUAGCCUGCUUCUACCAUAA